AUGAGCUGCCAAUCCCCUCUCCCUGAAUCUCUUCCUGGACCAGAGGCAGAGGGCCUCGCCUCGCCUCCCUGGUCAGUCGACUCUCCAGAGCAGUGCGAGGACCAUGAAGAGAGCCUGCCUAUGUUCUGUUUGGAUGACCUGGAGCCUUUAUGUAAACAAUGUGCAGCUGUGAGCCAUGCAGGACACAGGGUUUACCUCUUAACUGAGGCUGCAACUCAUUGCAAGGAGGAGCUCAGACCACUGCUGAAUGGACUGAAGAAAAAGCUGCUUCACUUUGAGAAAGUCACACAGACCUGUGAACAUGCAUCCAGACACAACCAGGCUGAGGCCCAACUGACCGAAGAGCAGAUGAAAAAGGAGUUUGAGAGUCUUCACUGGUUUUUGAGAGAGGAGGAAGCAGCCAGGAUACUUGAGCUCAGGAGGGAACAGGAGGAGAGGAAGAGAGAGACGGAAGAACGAGUAGACAGAAUGGAUCAGGUGAUAAAAUCACUGGAAGACAAGAUCCAACUGAUUGAAGAGGAGCUUGAUGCUGGAGGAGAUGGAGCUGAGUUUUUACAGCGAUACCAAGACACCAUGAAUAGUGCAUGGAUGGGUCACAGGGAGCCAAAGAGGCUUUGCAGGCCUCUAAUAGAUGUGGCCAAACACCUGGGUAACCUCCACUACGCUGUCUGGGAGAAGAUGAAACACAUCGCCCCCUACACCCCAGUGACCCUGGACCCCAGAACAGCUGGCCAGUCUCUGAGGGUGUCUCCUGGGUUAAAUAGUCUCCAGAUAACUCCUGGACCUUCAGAGGCGCUGUUACAGAAUAUGGGUGAGGUUGUCCCUGUCCCAGCCAACCCUGAACGUUUCCACGCUUAUUCCUGCAUUCUGGUUGGUGACACCAAUAACUGGACACUCGGUGUGGCUGCUGAAUCAAUAUCCAGAGGGGCAGAGUUUGAGGCCUGUCCAGAGGCGGGACUCUGGUGUAUCAGCCUGCGAGACAGCAAGUACCAAGCUCUGAUCACUCCCUCUCAGACCAUAAAUUUUGACAACUCAAGGCACCUUAACGUUGUCCGUGUGAGGCUGGACUGGGAUGAAGGGAUGCUGGAAUUCAUGAACGCUGAUAAUGAUGCACAUCUUUUCACGUUCAGACAUCGCUUUGCUGAGAAGGUGUACCCAUACUUUGAGAGCAUAUGUGUGUGUGGGGGUCUUGCUGUGUUGGCAGAGAGCGUGGGUGUCACUGUGAGUCUAAAUGAUGAUCCGCAGAUGAAAAAUGACUGA